AUGUCUCAGCACUUUGUAAAUGAAGAGUUGAGCCAGCUACAGAAGGAAAUCUUGUCCAAAAACCCCGAAGAUGUAUUGCAGUUCUGUGCCAACUACUUUAACAGUAAAUUGCAGGGGCAAAGACAACAGUUGUGGUUGCAGCAAUCCAAAGCCAAAGAAGCAGGUAUAGACUUGUUUCCCCCGGUUGAGUAUACCCAUUUCCAGGUUUCUGCGGCUAAAUCUGCCAAUGGCAAAGAACCCAGUUUCAAGUCUCCAUUUGGCUUGAAUGACCCCCAUCUGACCCACGAUGGUGACCCAGUAUCGGCUCAAGAAAAAGGAACAGAAAAGGCAGGCCUUUUCAAAUCCAACUUUAAUCUCGAGGAAACUGAUCAAGCUCCGCUCACUAAAGAAAUCAGUCCCGACGAUCCAUCCUCAAAACAACAACAAGCACCAUCACAGCCUUCUACGGCUCAAGCUCUGGAGCAGACUGACAAGAGUAAAACGCACCAAAAGCAAAUUCCAAGGGCUUUCAAUGCGAAUAGAAGAACCUCGGUCUCAGCUGAAACAUUGAACCCGGCAAAAUUGAAAUCAGAAAGCUGGAAACCAUUUCAAAACAAUUUGUCCGCCACGGAAGAAGAAAACUUGGCAGAGAACCUCCAAAACAAUUUCCUUUUCAAGCAGUUGGACGAAAACUCGAAAAAAACGGUGAUUUCGGCAUUGCAGUCCAAGAAUUUCAAAAAGGACGCCGUUAUCAUCAAGCAAGGUGACGAAGGUGAUUUCUUCUACAUUAUAGAGUCAGGCACGGUUGAUUUCUUUGUUAAUGACUCCAAGGUCAACUCAAGCAGCGACGGCUCUUCAUUUGGGGAGUUGGCAUUGAUGUACAACUCGCCCAGAGCCGCCACCGCCAUUGCUGCAUCCGACGUGACCCUUUGGGCAUUGGAUAGAUUGACUUUCCGCCGAAUCUUGUUAGAAGGCACCUUCAACAGAAGGUUGAUGUACGAAGAUUUCCUCAAGGAUAUCGACAUUUUCAAGUCACUAACUGACCUUGAGCGUUCCAAAUUGGCCGAUGCAUUGUUCACCGAAAUGUACAAGAAGGGUGAUAACAUUGUUACUGAAGGUGAAACGGGGGAAAACUUUUAUUUGAUUGAAAGUGGCUCGUGUCAAGUCUCUAGUGAACGGUUGGGAGAGAUUAAGCAAUUAAACAAAGGUGACUAUUUUGGUGAGCUUGCCUUGAUCAAGGAUUUGCCGAGACAAGCUACGGUUAGAGCCUUGAAUGAUGUCAUUGUGGCAACGUUGGGCAAAUCCGGAUUCCAAAGAUUAUUGGGACCCGUGGUUGAUGUUUUGAAAGAUAGAGAUCCAACAAAAGUCCAGGAUCCAACAGCUUAA